AUGUCUACGCUGGCUGAUGAGCUCCUCAAUGAUUUUGAAGACUCCGGCGACGAGAACGAGGAUCAGACGCUUCAAGAUCACGAAACAGCCGACGGCCUCAAUGGCACUCAUCACGAUGACAGCGAAGAGGGCUUGGCCGAGGAUGUUGCAAACGAUGGAGCCAUGGAAGAAGAUGAGGAGGAGAAAGAAUUCGUCUCUGCAGACGUUCUAGAGGAUGAGGACGAGACAAAGGCCAAGGUCGAGAAGAUGCAUUUGGGAAUGGUUCGCGAUGUGCGAAGUGUUGCGGGAUUGAUGAAGAUUCUACAACCGGUGCUAGAUAAAAUCUCCCAUUACCAGAACCUCCCUCCGAACCUGCGAACCUCGACCGUAGGGUCAAUCGAGGACAACCCCGAGUACCAUCUCCUGACUCAGUCGAAUUCUCUGUCGACUCAGAUCGACAAUGAAAUCAUCCUUGUUCAUAAGUUCAUUCGCGACCAUUAUUCUACACGCUUCCCCGAACUCGAGACACUGGUGCAGAAUCCCCUGGACUAUGCGAAGACGGUGGCUAUCAUUCGGAAUGGGCCACUUGAAAAUAUCAAAGCGCUGGCAGACUCUACUGAUAAUCUGGUCAAGGCAACUCUCAGAUCAGUUCUCGAUGGGCCAACGCUCAUGGUCGUGACGGUUGAAGGCACGACAACGAAAGGCCAACCCUUGAGUGAUGCAGAGCUUGAGACAACAUUACGCGCAUGUCAGAUGGUAAUUGAGCUUGAUCGCGCCAAAAAGAUUUUAACAGAGUAUGUUCAGUCAAGGAUGAACAUUUUCGCGCCCAACUUGACGGCCAUCAUCGGCUCUCUGACCGCUGCUCAACUGCUCAACUUUGCUGGCGGAAUAAAAGGCCUCGCAAAAGUCCCAGACCGGAAUAUUCCUGCGAUGGGAUCAAGAAAGCAAAAGCAGAGUGGGCUUGCCACAAAUGUUGGAAUACGCCAACAAGGGUUUUUGUAUCAUUCCCCGCUGAUUCAAAGCAUUCCGAACGAUCUCAAAAUUCAAGCCAUGCGCAUCGUCUCGGCGAAGCUCGUUCUUGCGGCACGUGUCGACAGUGUACACCAGGCCCCAGACGGCUCGACCGGAGAACAACUUCGUGACGACUGUUUGCGACGACUAGAUAAAUUGACCGAACCUCCACCAAACAGGGGUCCUCGAGCUUUACCUGCUCCCGAUGACAAGCCCAGCAGGAAACGAGGUGGUAGGAGAGCCCGCAAGGCGAAGGAAGCUACGGCCAUGACGGAAUUACGAAAGCAACAAAAUAGAAUGGCGUUCGGCAAAGAAGAAAAGGAGGUUGGCUACGGCACUGGCGAGGAAACUGUGGGACUGGGCAUGAUCGGUCAAUCCAAUGACGGGCGCAUCCGUGCGACCCAGAUUGAUCGUCGAACAAUGGCCAAGCUCAGCAAGAAGAAUCCCGGAUGGGGCGGUUCUGGUACGGCAACCAGUCUGAACAGCGGCAUGAACACCUCGUUGAAAGGGUUCGGCAUGGGAGGAAACACGACUUCGCUUCGAGCAUCAGGGCUCCGCACAAGUGGAGUGGGGGGCACGGCCAGCUCUAUUGCCUUUACGCCAGUGCAAGGUCUCGAGUUGGUCGAUCCAAAAGUCCAAGCCGAGCUCAAGAGGAAGAGAGAUGCCGAGAGUGCAGGGUACUUUUCGAGUGGAACCUUCACGCAAGCCAAUGCCGGGAAGAGCGAAGGUGGUUUCAAAGUCCCUUCGUUACCCCCUUCGAAGAAAUCGAAUAUGGGCCCUCCACCAACUCCGGGCAAGUGA